AGGGCUUUCUCAGCUUUGAUUGGCUAGUACAGUGGCGGAGAGUUUGACUUAAAUUUGUCCUCGGUAGGUCAUGCCGUGUGCAGGUUUUCGUGGUUGCGGCAUGCGUUGUUUGCAAGCAUGUUUGAUGAAUAUAAAUGUAAAAUAUUGGUAUUCUAACGUUUUAUUUUGCUUAUUUUGUGCAUGUACCAGGCUUGGUUUAUCAUACAUUCUGUUUGUUGGCCUAUCGGUUGCUGGCGAUGUCAAGGAAUCCGUGAGUUCGAGGGCUUUUCUCGAUUUUAGGUUAUACAUGUAGCAUUUUAUUGAUGGAUAUUGCGACACAGAUGGAUGCUAAUUGACAACGCCUUUUUAGUUUAUUGCAGGUAGGCAAUGCGGGUGAAAGUACUGCUGACGUCAGUGGAAUUUUCGAUGAAAUUAUGCUGGGAAGGCGUUUCUUUAGUUGGGAGGAAUUUGAAAAUUCCUUAGGAGAAUUUCAACAAUUGUCCUGCACUCACUAUGUGCAUAUUCAAAGCAAAACAACAGGGGAAGACAGAUAUAAGUACGCUUACGUUUAUUUUAAAUGCACUUUUGGCGUGAACCGUGGAAAAGCUGGCCUGAAAUUGCGAAACAAGUCGUCUAAAUGUUGCAACUGUCUGUCUGCAUUUCGCGUAAUUUUGCGUUAUAGUGAAUACGUGAUAACAUCCCACAAAAUGGUCCACAACCAUCCAUGCACCAGGGUGUAUAUGCAGAAUGAUCCAUGGUCUAGACGACUGUCAGCGGAAGAGAAAGAAAAUAUAGAACCACUUCUUCACCAAUCACACUCAUCAGAUGAAAUAAUUAUGCAUGUUAAGGAAACAUUCCACAAGGACAUAACUCUUAAUGACGUUAGAAAUCUGAAAGCUUCAGUUAAUAAAGGUAUAUCGAGCCGUUAUGACAUUUUUGAAUUCCUAAAGUCCCGUGGGAAGUUAUUGGAGUAUUAUGCAGAUGAACCGAUAAGGAAUUCACUGAUGAGAGUCUGUUUUUCUACUUAUGAGCAAAUAGAUUUGUAUAAACGUUUUCCGGAGGUUGUUGGCAUCGAUUCUACAUAUAACACAAAUAAAGGGAAGUAUUCUUUGUUUCAAUUGGUUGUAACGGAUAAUUUUGGUCGUGGGAGACCGGUUCUAUUUGCUUGGACGCGAAAGGAAUUCAAGCGUGAUGUUGUUUGGAUUUUGGACUCGUUUCGUAGCAUAAUGGAAGACACCUCUAAAACAGAAACAUUCAUUAUGGAUUGUGCGCAAGCCGAAAUAGGAGCAGUGAAGUUAACACACAGAGAAGCGCACAUUGUUCUUUGUUCUUUUCAUGUUUGUCGUGCAUUUUGUCGUAAAACGCGGAAUCCCAUUGUUAAGAACUACUUAUGUCGCUUAAUUCAGUGUAAAAGGAGAUCUGAAUUUAACUUCUAUUUCAGAGUUAUAAGCCGAUUGGAUGUUGGUGUCAGUCAGUAUUUACAACGUCGUUGGAUGAGUCGACGACACUUGUGGGCAGCAGCUUUCAGGGAACACGUACUGACUUUGGGUAAUGACACCAACAAUCGUGUAGAAAGUUCUCACAAGCAGAUGAAGCGGUACUUGCUUAGAUCAGAUAGUCUGCAUCAAAGCAUGCUGAAGAGCAGGAGUCCAUGAUUGCUCAGUCGCGUUCCCUCAAGUAUUCAUGUUCCGAACGCAUAAUACCAAUUUUACGCCACCUGACGCCAUACACUGCGAAGAAAGUGAUCGCUGAUUAUGCGAAGCGACGAUGGACUUCUUUUCAGUUAGAAGGUUUUGAUUAUAUCUUCUUGGAUGACAAUGGGAGACCAGUAGAGGUGGAUCUGCGCGCAUGCACAUGUACUUGUAUGACUUUCCAGACUUGUCGGUAUCCCUGUCGACACUUGCUGAUGGUGCAUUUAAAAAAGGCGUGUUUCACAGUUAAUCAUGUGCUGCAGAACUGUAAACGAUGGACAUGGUCUCGCCAAUCGUACGCAAUUCCAAGCACGUCAGCAAUUGUGCCGCUAAAUCAAUGUGACUUAUACGUAACAAAUAGGAGGCUUAUUAAUGCGGGCCUGACGAGAAUUUGCGACAAAUAUGGACGGAGGUUUGCCGCAGAGUUCGCU